CCGGCUUUUGCUUAACAUUCUUGAUGACAACGGAACGCUAACAUUGGGCGAAGGUCAAAAGAAUUUGAGUGAAUGACGCUGUAAAUACUAUAAAUAUUAUGCAGUGUGUGUGUGUGAGUCAAGACGAGUGCGACGAGGCGAGGGGAGCAGAGCCGCAGGUGGCCGCAGUGUAUCAACACAGUGAUAGCAGUGAUAGAUAAAAAUAAAACGGAACCAUGGUUAAGGCGAGGAAGUAUGUCGUCAAGAAACACUUCCAAGGAGUUCCCAAGAGGGAUGACUUCGAAAUAGUGGAGCAGGAAUUGCCGCCACUGAAGGAUGGGGAGAUCCUGGUCAAGGCGGAAUGGAUUAGCGUGGACCCAUACCUUCGCGCUUACAACGCACGCACACCUAUCCCCUACGACCAGUUCAGCUACCAAGUCGCGGUCGUCACUGAGAGCAAGAAUCCCGACUAUCCCGUUGGCACAAGAGUAGUUUCCCACAAAGGCUGGCGCGACUACACCAUUUUCAACCCUACUGUGAAGACAGACGACAAGAACGCCAGCUUGUACAAACUACCCGACCUGCACGGCUUGUCUCCGUCAUUAGGCGUGGGAGCUGUUGGCAUGCCUGGAGCUACUGCGUACUUCGGAUUCCUGGAGAUCUGCAAGCCCAAAGCUGGAGAAACUGUAGUCGUGACUGGCGCAGCGGGCGCUGUAGGCUCCAUUGUAGGGCAGAUCGCAAAGAUAAAGGGCUGCCGAGUUAUCGGAUUCGCCGGCUCCGACGACAAAGUGCAAUGGCUUGAGAAGGAGCUUGGUUUCGACAAAGCAUUCAACUACAAAACUGUCGAUAUUUUGAAGUCUUUAAAAGAAGCCGCGCCGAAAGGCGUCGACUGUUACUUCGACAAUGUUGGGGGAGAGAUCAGCAGCUUGAUUUUAAGCCAGAUGAAUGACUACGGAAGAGCGUCGGUUUGUGGAAGCAUCAGCGCGUACAAUGAAGAUCCCAGCAAGAUGCCAAAGGCGACUAUUAUUCAGCCAUCUUUGGUGUUCAAACAAUUGAAGGUGGAAGGUUUCUUGGUGUGGCGUUGGGACGGACGAUGGCCCGAGGCGUUCGCUGAACUCGUCAAUUGGAUCAAGAGUGGAAAGCUCAAAGCUCGGGAGCACGUUACUGAAGGAUUCGACAAAUUGUACGACGCCUUCACAGGAAUGUUGGCCGGAGAAAACAGCGGCAAAGCAGUGGUAAAAGUCUGAUACUAUUAAGUUGUUAUAUACCUUCAUGUAUUUGGUUCGGUUUCAGAUAACAAAUAUUUUUAAUAACAAUGUUUACUCAUAUUAUAAUGUUUAUCUAAAUA